AGCCGUUCUGGCCCCGGGCUCGAGCAGCCGCGGACCGCAGCCCGAGGCCCGGCGCGCCCAGCAGGGCGUGGGCCGCAGCCGCCGCGGGCGCCUCCACGGCCGAGCGGCGCCAUGGUCAGGACGGAGUCCAGCAGCCCCAUCCAGGGCUCCCUCGCGGUGGCCGUCCCGGCGGGCGUCACCGCCGUCGUGGUGGGCGCCUAUGCCCUCAGGAAGUGGCUGAAGAAUCGAAAUGCGCCUCCGACGUUCACGACGCGCCUGCCUGUCCUUGGAGGCCUGGUGCAGUUCCUGAAGGACCCCCUGGAGCUCAUCAGGCUGGGGUACAAGAAGCACGGCGAGAUCUUCAAGGUUAACAUGCUCGCCAAGGAGUUCGUGUUCCUCGUCGGGGAGCAGGGGCAGGAGUUCUUCUUCACGAGCGACAAGUACCUCGACCAGGCCAAGAUGUACUCCUUCAUGAUCCCGAUCUUCGGGCCCAAGGUGCUCUACGACGCGGACUACCACACCCGCAUGGCCCAGCUCAGAUUUAUCCGCGAGCGGUUGACGGAGAGUUGCCUUGCGGGCUAUUGCGGCACGCUGGACGACGAGGUGUCGCAGUUUUUCGACGAGGAGUGGGGCGUUGCGGGCACCAUCGACGUCAGGGACUCCAUGACGGAGCUGAUGACCCGGACCGCGGUCCGCUGCCUCAUGGGCACGGAGAUGCGGGAGAUGUUGCAUUCGAACCACCACGGAGGCCACUCCGUGAGCCACCUCUUGCACACGCUCGAGCAGGGCAUGCUGCCGCUCUCGGUCUUUAUGCCGCACUUCCCCUGCACGAGGCACUGGAACAGGGACGCCGCGCGGCGGGAGAUGUCCGCCUUUGUUCUGCCGAUCCUCAAGGGGCGACGGGCGAAGCUGGCGAGCGGCGCUGUGGACACGGAGUCGGACUUCCUGUGGAGCGUGAUGACCUCCACCUAUCCCGACGGUCGUCCCAUCUCGGACGAGGAAAUCGUCGGUUUCUUGAUCGCCGCCUUCUUCGGGGGGAUGCACAACAGCUCCAUCACGACAGCCUGGACCGCGCUGGAGGUCAUGUCGCGGCCCGCCCUCGCGCGCGAGCUGCGGGAGGAGCAGAGGGAGUGCCUCGAGGGUGGCAAGUUCACGUAUUCGGCCUACAAGAAGAUGAAGAAGCUGAAGAGCGUGAUGAUGGAGGUGCUGAGGAUGCACCCGCCGCUCAUGCUGCUGAUGAGGACGGUCGAGGCCGACAUCAAGUUCAAGGGGAAGAGCAUUCCCCGGGGCUCCGUGGUCGCCGUGUCGCCGAACGUCGGCAACAUGCUCGAGGAGAUCUACCCCCAGGCGGAGGAGUUCAAGCCCUGGCGCUUCCUCCGGACGAGCGGGGGCCAGCACGAGAUCAGCCCGCCCCGGGAGUACCAGUUCAUCCCUUUUGGCGGAGGCCGGCGGCUAUGCAAGGGGCAGGAGUUCGGCUACCUCCAGGUCGCAUGCGCCAUCUCGCACAUGCUGCAGCGGUACGAGGUGGAGACCGUGGACGGGGUGACGAAGCCGGUGUACGACAUGGUGGUGGCGCCCGCGCAGCCCUGCCGGGUCAGCUUCAGCAGCAGAGCGGCCGCGAAGGCGUGAGGCCCUGGCGCGCGGGCACGGCCUGUCCCAGUCGAGGCGACCUCCGUCGCAAAGGCCUGUGCGCACGACGGAGGCUCGGAGGGCACCAAGCAGGUAUGCCGAAGCUUCGUCGAAGGGCACGAAGCGGCAGACGCAGAAUUAGCCUGGCGAACGACCCAACCAUGUGCAGUUGCGGGCACCGUCGUCGUUAUUCACCGCAUUCGGUGAAGCUCCCUCUGGGGCCACAAAACCUGUGAAGGGUGUGCAGCCUGCCCCCCCUCUCGCCUCCCCCCCGGGGCUCGCCGUCGAUCUGGGCGCCGCCGCGCCCCCCGCCGUGCGGGCGCAAUUUUCUGUGCUUUUUUCAGGCCCCCGUUCUCUCGGCGGGAGCCCGCGCGGGCCGAAGCGUCCGUGCGGCUCCCCCCCCGGGGGGGGGGGGGGCUUCGCCGAGGGCCCGAAUUCAGUCCGUCGCCGGCAGGCGGUGGUCAGCCCCUCGAGGGCCAGGGAGAGGCGAGCUGGUCUUCUGGGAGCAUCCGUGUUCGAGGCCGCCUCCGAUGCAAGAACGUGUGCUUCCUCAUUUGUGCAUGCACAACCGCAAUUCCUUUGGAGAACCUUCGCCCGGGCCAGCCUCUCUUCACAUGGCGUCAUAGUGUCAUUCUUCAGUUUGCCCUUCGCUGACUCUGACCCCCAGAAGUCGGCCCCCAUGGGCAUGCGAACGAUUCGAGCGCAGCGCUUCCUCACUCGUGGCGCCUCUCGGCGGCGAACGUGCGGAUCCGCUGCCGGGUGCCGAUCGCCGUGCCGAUCGCCGAUGCGUCGCCGAUGCCAGGUCGGCGCGUGCCCCCUGUGCCUAUCCUCCUCCUCCUCCUCCACUCCUCCUCCUCCACUUCCUCCUCCUCCACCUCCUCCUCCU